AUGUCCUCGCACGACGCUCUCCCACAGAUCGGUGCCCAUUGCUCCCUUCCUUCAUGCAGCUUGAACGACUUUCUCCCCAUACGCUGCACAUGCCAGCAAUUGUUUUGCAAAGACCACAUCUCUCCAGACGUCCAUCACUGUCCAUCUCUCCAAGCCGCACCCAGUACAAUCGGCUCCGCUCUCAAGUUACAGCGCUGCGCUGCGCAGUCAUGCAACAAGCCAAGUCUUGAGUCUUUUGUUGCAGACCCGUCAGAUACCACCAAUCGUUCUCCUGCACUAUGCUCGGGCUGCAAGCAGGCAUUCUGCGCCGAGCACAGGGAUCCUAGCUCGCAUUCCUGUGCUCCCUCCCAUGAUGUUGACUCAGGACAUGUACCAGAGAAGAACGCUGCGGCGAAGGCUCUGUUGGCCAAGCACUUUGGGACGGAUGCUGCCAAUGCUACUGCACAUGCCGGGUCCUCGGCACCCAAGCCCAGCUCUCGCAAAGAGGCUCAGCAGCGCCAGCUAGCGGUGAUUAAGAUGCGUGUCAAGGCCCAACCUGGAAAUCUCAAGGAUACCUCGGCUUCAGUGUCAAUGGAUCAACGACUGCAUGUCAGGGUCAGUCCAGCCGGAGUGCCCUCCUCCGAGCGCAUAUUUUGGUUCCCAAAGACGAUAGGGACAGGCAAAGCCCUUGAUCUGCUUGCCGCGCAAUUCAAGCUGACCAUCAGCGACUCACAACCUCUGAAACUUCUACUGAGGCAAUCCGAUGAUGAAGUGAACACUUUGCGUACAGAUCAACUACUGGCAGACCAGGUUCCAGAUGGUGCAUGCCUGCAUCUUACCAGAUGA